UCCAGUUGCUACUCCCCUGAUGUUGAUAUACACAUCGUCAAUAAUAAAUCUUUAACCAUGGAAGUUUUAACAACUUCGCGCCCGGAACUGUUUCCCGUCAUAUCUCGCUGUGAAACCCGCUGCAGAUUAAGUUCCUCCUUAUGGAAAAUGUCAUUAAUUUGUGGCGAAAGUAGAAUACCUACAUCGAUUAGCAUGAGGACGAAUCUCACAUUUAACCCUCGCCGGAUUUGUGGAUAUUGCAAUACUCCUUAUUCAAUAUUCAUCAGUUACACUGCACUUCUCAAUGGAAAGAAGAUAGAGGCUUUUAGCAUCCUAAAGGUGGUACUACCAGAACUUUCAGCAGUGAUAAAAGGCAGGCAGGAGACUAGUAAAGGAGAGUUAGGUGAAGUAGUCUUAGAUGCUUCGCAGUCACAUGAUCCGGAUGGCCUGGCCCAUGGAGUGCUUCAUUUUAAUUGGUUUUGUGGCCAGAAGAAAGACGAUAUGUCUCUGAAGGAGGGCUGCAGUUACGGAAAGAUGACCCAAAACGGAACAAUUUUGGUCGUUAAUGUUGCUGGACUAAAGUCAAAGCAGAGCUAUUAUUUCAGAGUUCUAAUUUCAAAGGGAAACAGGAGAAAAAUAGCAACUCACGUACUUAAGGUGAAUCCAGCUGUUAACUUCACUUUCAGAUGUAUAGCCAAUUGCGGUGAUAAGGUCGUUCAAUCCAAACCGUUGAAGCUCAACCCUAAAUGUGAGGGGAAACUAUGCAAUUUGACCAGGAAUAUAACAUGGUUUGUCUACAUUCUUCACACCACAAACCAUAGCCGUAGAUGGAAAAAUAUACCAUCAUUUACUCGUUCAACUCCAAGAGAAUUGAGAAUGUUUUGCUUGAAGGCAUUUCACUUAUGGAAUAGUUCUGAUGAAACCAGAGAACCUCGGAUAAAGAUCAACGCUACGAUUGAAAUUCAAGUUAAACAUGAUUUGAUCCUCGAAGGCCACGAAAAAGAGUUUAUUAUGAAUUCCUUUCCCAUGAGAAAUGAAGUUGGCUGUACUGUCACGCCUAAUGACGGUUUCGCAGUGGAAACGUUAUUCAAUAUAACUUGCGUUGGAUGGGGUGACGAGGAUCAACCCCUAAGGUAUGAGUAUCGCUACAACACAAAGGCUGGUAUAGUGAUCAAUUACCCAAAGGCAAUAAAUAACACGCUGAGUACAUAUUUUCCCGGGGGGGAUAGAGCAAAGGACUUUGAGUUACUGGUGGACGUUCGUGUUACGGAUAAACUUGGAAAUAUGGCAACUAGCCAAAUUAAAGUCAAGGUAAGACAAUGAUUACCAUUGUUAUUUUUAAUCAAGUAUGCUUCAUUCGACCUU